GAAAAACUCACAACCGAUGACGAUUUGACUCCACCUCAUGAUACCAUUUAGCAACAGAUGAGCAGCGCUUCAUGUUCAUUUUGUCGGGCCAGAGUGAAGCACAGCUGCUGCCGUGGUUUCCUGAGGGAAUACUUCACUGUGUAAAUGUUUGUCGGGGUUGCGGUCCGUCCCUCCGUCCCUUGCACCGUAGCUGGCUGAAACCGUUAGCGGCUUCCUCAUCCAGAAACACCCCGCGUGAGUCAGUGCUGCUGCUAGUUUCUGCGGCGGUUUCGCUAUGGAUGUGCUGUGGAUGAUACCGCUGCUGCUGCUCAUGAUUAUUCCGCUCCUGAUGUGCACCAGCAGCACGUUUGUUUUUUAUUUCAAAAAGUUCUUUUACGUGGCCUGGAUGAUGGUCUUGGCCCUCAUCGGUAUACCUCUGUGCAUACUAAAGAGCGGAGGCAGAGACAUUGAAAACAUGAGGAUCAUCCGUUUCAUGGUUCGACACGUCAAGUAUUUGCUGGGUCUUCGAUUUGAAGUGAGCGGUUGGGAGCAUCUGCAGACCGAGGGUCCCUAUGUCGUCAUCUCGAACCACCAGAGCUCCCUGGAUGUUUUGGGCUUGAUGGAGAUCCUACCAGACCGCUGCACCACAAUUGCUAAGAAGGAGCUGAUCUAUGCCGGUACAGUGGGCCUCAUUUGCUGGCUGGGCGGGAUCGUCUUCAUCAACCGCAAGAAGACGAGCGAUGCCAAAAGCGUGAUGGCUGAUGCCGCCAAAACCAUGUUGGACGACCAGAUUCGUCUGUGGGUAUUUCCAGAGGGAACCCGUAACCAAAAUGGCGACCUGCUGCCCUUCAAAAAGGGUGCUUUCCAUCUGGCAGUGCAGGCACAAGUACCCAUCAUACCUGUCGUUUUCUCCUCCUACAGCAACUUCUACCUACGGAAAGAAAAGCAGUUCAAAUCGGGAAUCAUCAGAUUGAAGAUCCUUCCAAAGAUUGAGACAAAGGGGAUGACUUCAGACGAUGUGGCAUCCCUGUCUGACAAAUCCUUUGACCUGAUGCGCGCUGCCUUCCUGGACAUCUCUGACUCCAUAACCCGGAGCAACGGGCCCGUAAGGCACUGAACAUUGAUCUUCCACCCGCCCCCUGUUUUUUCAGCCCCAUGUCUGAUAUCCACCCCUCCCCAAGGCCCCCCCACUCUCCGCCCCAGGUUGUCCCACCGCCUUCAGGAAACAAUGUGACGCAAGUCUUUUUGUGACGAAAGCUCUUCAUGUCUAGUUGACGCCUGGUCCGGUCCACCUCUGGCCUGAGCACACAGCACAGUCAGUCCUGACCCUCACUGUCGCAGCAGCAGCUGCUCUGCACUUUGUGAGCGGAGUGACGGACGGCGAGCCGAACAGUCUGGGUGUGUGUUGUUCAUGCAUGCCUUUUGGAUGGCUCUGUCCACCUUUCAUCCUUGCUUUGCAAAUCUCAGCUUUCUUAUUGUCUUACUUUAUUGCUGUUUUCUACUUUUCUUUGGCCUUUUAUCUUCACCUGCUUUUGUUCGUUUUGCCUUCUGUUCAGCAGAUAAACUUUGCGGGGUUUUUUUUUUUUUUUCCUGAUCAUAAAUGUCAGUGGAUAUUUAUGUUUUCCUCUCAUGCUGCCUUGGUUUUAGUUCUCUUCGGAUGCUUAAACAGACAUACACAAAAUCAAAGUACCCCAUCUCAUUUCUUCGCUUUUAGUUCUUUUCUGUUUCUCCCCUUUAUGCAUUCCAGUCUUUUGCCCAAAGACAAAAAUGAGUGCGGGUCUCCACAAAGUGCGGAGCGUGUGGAAGGAAAGGACACCCACGACUUUCUAUAGCUCUGUCGCUCUAGAUUGAACUCUGUAUCCACAUUGGCUCAUCAACCCAAUGACCAAUAGCUCCAUGACACGCUUCAUGAUGUCAGAAGGCAAGGAAUGCAAGAUACCGUGUAUAACAACAGCACCCAUCUGUACUGGAUUUAUGGACUUCAGUGAACUGAUCAGUUCUCAGUGUCGUAUGUUGGUGUAUCCCUGUACAUUCUUCCAGUUUGUCUCUCUCUCCAAAAAUGAAUUGAAGCAACCGGUCUGCAGCAAGUGUCCUCCAGCAGUGCUCUAAACUCAAACUCUAAUUUCACACUCUUGCUUUGUUGUUGUUGUUGUUUUGUUUUUUCAGGAUCACCUUUAUGCUCCUACUCAUAUACAAAGUGUCAAAAGAAGUGAAUUCUUUAAGUGCAAUGUCCAACUGUUUCAACAUUACUACUGUUCCAAAGUGCGAGCUACCUGCUGUGCCAUGACAAAGAUGUUUUGGGAGGUUUCCAAUGUGGGUGGGGUGGUUUAUUUUUGUUUGUUUGUUUGUUUUUUGUUUUUGUUUUUUAAUUACUAUCUCCUUACGGUCUACUUAACUGGUGACCCCUGAAAUUAUUUAAGGCAGUUCUUGCCAUAAACAGGGGGAGGAAACCUAUGAGAUGAUUUAGAUCUCUAGUAUUUGUUCAUUUAUUAGGAUUAAAUCAAGGAAUCCCAACGUACUAACAAACUCAAGGAUCUAAUGACUGAAGAUGUGUUAUGUUGAUUGGGUGUGAUGGGAAGCCUGUUUUGUUUUUGUUUUUUUUUGUU